AGACAGACAGACAGAUAACCCUAUAACGGGAUAACCUUGUUGCAGAGUUGUCUCCUCUUCCUUAGAAAGCCAUGGCUGCUGUGCGGGCCAGCGGCAGACGUAGCAUCAAUAAAAAUGCACUCGCGAAAGAAGAAAAAGAACAUUUUCGGGCUAUUAACGAACAGCCUGUCGAUGAUAUAACAUUGGAAUUUUUUUACCAGCCUCACACGAUUAGUUUGUUGACAUUGUGCAUCAUCGGUCUACUUUACGUGGCUUUCAUGAGAAAUGAUGUCAGUUCAGAUGACAAUAUUUGGACCGGUCUAUGUUGCAUGGUCUUCAUUUUUAUCAUCAUCAGUGUUUUGGCAUUCCCUAAUGGUCCAUUUACAAGACCUCACCCUGCAAUAUGGAGGAUUGUUUUUGGACUCAGUGUCCUCUACUUCAUGUUGUUGGUGUUCCUCUUGUUCCAGAACCCACAUGAUGCACGUGUAAUUUUAGGUUGGCUUUACCAUGACUUGAAAAACGGUACACCUGAUGAAAAGGAAUAUGCUGUUAACUGUUCGGAUAUCAGUUGGUCUCGGCUGUAUGAGCAUGUGGACUUUUUCGCCUUUUCCCAUUUUUUUGGUUGGGCUCUGAAAGCACUUCUCAUCCGGCAUUAUGGAAUUCUUUGGACAAUCAGCAUCUUGUGGGAAGUUACUGAGGCAGCAUUUGUACAUCUUCUCCCCAAUUUCGCUGAAUGUUGGUGGGAUGCUCUGGUUUUGGAUGUGUUAGUUUGUAACGGAUUUGGUAUUUACCUUGGUAUGCUGGUUUGUCAAAAACUGGAGAUGAGAACAUAUUACUGGGAGAGUAUCAAAGAUAUCCAUUCCACCACUGGAAAAAUACGCCGAGCAGUUCUACAGUUUACACCAUCCAGCUGGACUCAUGUGCGAUGGCUUGAUCCCAAUUCCUCCUACAUGAGAGUGUUGGCUGUAGGUAUUUUAGUUGUUAUAUGGCAGGUUGCAGAAUUGAAUCUGUUCUUCCUAAAACACAUAUUUAUGAUUCCCCCUGCACAUCCAGUCAAUGUGAUACGCACUGUGCUUAUUGCACUUGUUUCUGCACCAGCAAUUAGACAAUAUUAUAUGUAUGUGACUGACACACAAUGUAAGCGGGUUGGGACCCAGUGCUGGGUUUUCUGUGCCAUUACUUUAACAGAAGCUAUUGUAUGUGUCAAAUUUGGAAUGGACCUCUUCAAGAAAACAGUCAUGAUCUGGCUUCUCUUUUGGCUUGGAGUUCAACUCCUAGGCAGUUUGGCCUGUGUUUACUCAUGUGCACUGUUUGCUAAAAGAAAUGAGCACAAAAUGAAUGCAGAUUGGAUGGACUCUGACAGUACAAAUCGUACAACACCUGUGCAUCAAAAUUACUCGGCACAUCAUGUGCAGAGUAAUUCUGCAGAAGCAUCAGAGGGUAACAGCGCCCCACAAGAAACAGGCAGUCUCAGUCGUAGUCCGCUACAUCAUAGGGUAAAGAGUAACGUGACUAACGGAAGCCUCUAGGCAAUCAGGCUAAUCUGAAGAUUGGAUUUUGCUUCAUUUCUCCCUUCCACAAGAUAUAAUAAAAGCACAUGGGAAGGGAGCUAUAUUAUCAUGAAGUAACUGUCAAGGAAGCCAGUAGUGGGUUUCAUUGGGAAAUUAAAUUAAAAUAUACUGCAACAGGCUGUAACUGUUUAACAACAGACAAUCACGUAAAUAUUGGGCAAUGUUUUUUUGUUUUUGGUUUUUUUUUGUUUUAUAAUUCCUGUAAGCCCAAUGAGUCUGUACAUUGGCAUUGACAUUCCAUUUUUUGCCCAGUUAAUUAUCCUAACAAUGUUGUGAGGUUAGGAAGAAGGAUUAAACAAAGCAACUUAUGAGAUUUAACCUCCUUUUAUUUAAAAGCCUUUUUUUUUUUAAUUUUGACUUUAUGUAAGAUUGUAAAGAACUGUAUUUAUUUCUCCCUCUUUGUAACCAAAGACUUUAAUCAGUUGAUGGCUUCCUGAAAAAUUAAAAUAAAAUAAAGUUUUUAAUCUGCAUAUAUUAUAUGCAGUUUGUUGAAGUUAAAUGGGUCAAUUGGAGACACCAUUCAACUCCUCCUGUCUCAAGAGUCAUCAGUUCAUAUCCUGUUGUAAUAGAUAGUUCAUUGUAUCUUGGAUUAAAAUACAUUUCUCAACUUACCUCUCUUUACCUAGCUGGAGAGAACAGGUACAAGACCAUCUGUUGUAGACUAGCAAUUUAUCCAGGAACAGGGGUUUAUCUAGUUGAAGUUUGCAAGAGGAUUUAAGUUAGCUUUAUUUAAGCAAACCUAUGGAGUUAGCUGAUCGAAUGAAGCAUUUAUUUGAUCAGUAUUUCAAGCUAUGACCAUUUCAUCUUUUAAGAAUUAAAAUAUCUGAUACACUCUUUUUAAAUAUGUUAAAGGAGUUUAUUGGUGGAAAUUUCACUAUUACAUUGAUUAUAUCAAAUAAUGUCCUAGAAAUUCUAUUAUUGAAUUGCCAGGACUGAUGUUUAUCAAGGAUCUUCAGACUACUAGAUUAUUAGGUCAUGGCUUGAUACACUAAUUCUUUGUAAUCCUAUCACAAAUUAUUGAGCAGUACUAAAGAAACAAACUGAUGAAGUACUACAGAGCUGGUUGCUAUUGCACUUAACUUUUAACUGAAACAAUUACUUAACUGAUGGGUUUCUUUCUAAGCUUUAGUGGCCUCACUUUAAUUUUCCUCUCUUUAAUCAAAUAAUUUAUUUCCAAUCAUGUAGUUAACCUGCUAAUUUUAUUUGUUCCAACACUAAAUAAUAAAAUAGGAACAAAUAUUAAAAAAAAAAGUAGAAGUCUCUUAUAUAUGUAAAUAAAGACAAGAAAAUUUGAAAACUUCUAGAGUUGGAGUUGUUUGAAAUAGAUAAAGAAAUUAAAUUUACAAAGAUGUUAUCAUUCUGUAAAUGCUUUUGAAACUUCUCUCAGCAUUUCUUUGGCUUUAUGUUUGUCUCGUACUAUUUAAAUGUGUUUAGACACAUACACUGAUGUGAUCUACCCUAUUUUAAGUUUGCUGCUAAGCAAUUCAUCUACCUCUGAAAAAGCCCCAAGCUGCAAAGGCUUAAAUUUUUUUGUGUUUAUAUUUAUUUAUUAUUUAUCGAUUUGUUUGUCUGUCAGGAACUAGAUAUAUUGAUUAUAUAAACUGUAGAUUAAUACUUUUGCUGAGAGAAGAUUAAUAUCAUAGAGAGACAAUACUGCAGCAAUCCUAAGUAGCUACUUAACUCUUCUCCACAUUUUGUUUAUUUAAUGAAAAAAAAAACCUAAUUAAAACUGAAUUUUGUAUUUCUUCUAAUUAUAAAUAUGACAAAGAAAAUGUUUACUGGUUGUGUGUGUGUAAUCUUGUUCAUUUGUUUCUGCACCACCUAUUAAUUAGCAUGGGCAAGCAUAACUUGAUUAGAUUCACCCAUAUGAAACAAAUCUAUUAAUAUACUAUUCUUCAGCCCAAACCUGAUAUUCAACAUUUAGAAAAACCUUAUAGUAUGUCUCUGUAUGGUUUGUUCUGUAGGCAAAGCAACAAUGAUUGGCUACCACACCAGUGAAUUAUGAUGUGUCACUGAAAGUGGUUUGUGCUAAGAUGUCUACAUACAGGAUAUGAACUGUUGACCUUCCAACCAAAAGUCAGACACCUUAUCAACUGAGAUAUCUAAAGGACCCCUGUCUAAAAGUGAACUAGCAAAAAUGCAUAAAUUGAUUCUGUGUAAUUUUUCUAGUAAACACACUUGUAUAUAUUUGUGUGUAUAAAUUGGUGAAACCCAUAAUCCAUUUGUCUUCGUAGAGAGUAUUUUGGGCAAAUCAACACAGAGCCCAUAAUUCCAGGCUAAUACCUAAGGCAAGAUUUGAACUUGGCACUGUAAAACUAAUAAAACAGUCAUCAUUUAUACAGUGCUACUGUCUGUAACCAUAAGAUUUACUUUUCUGUGUCAUUUCUUUCACUACUUGGUGAAUUUAAUGGCAUUUGAAAGUUCUUGGUCAGAGGCACAGCACAAUGACUUGACUGGAAUAGUUGCCUCAGUUGAGUUCAACAUCCUAUCACAUCAAGAAGCUGACAUACAGACACACAUUUAUACAUAAGAUUAAAGAUAUUUAAAGAAUGUCAGUUUUAUAUUUCUUCUUAAUUAUGAUUGUCUGUCUGUUAAAGGAAGUUUCUGUUGUUGUGGUUGCUCCAAUAGAAGUUCAAUGUUGCAAUUCAGGUUGAAAUGUCAGGCUGGCUUCAACUUGAAUUGACUUGGGAUUUGAAACUUCUAAGAAGUUAUCCAUGAGGCACAAUGCCUCAGGCAUGUCUAGUAGAGCAAUUUGCAUUUUAUUUGAAAUAUAGUUCCAUUGGAACCUGAGGGUUUUUUACUCCCAUCCAAUGGUGGUUCGAUGACUGGAGACUUUCAGAAAAAAAUUGCAUCUAGUGCACUUAAUAGUUAAUGUACUGCUGGCUACAAAUAAAUGGGUAACCACUUACAUAACUGAUUGUAUUUGUUGCAUAUUUAUCCAUUACUGGCAUUGGGGAGGAGAAGGUUGCAAAUAUUUCACUUUAUACAUAAAUAUAUCUUGUUUUAAUUUUAUGUUAGUCUUUUACAAAAAAAAAAUUAAUAAAUACAGAAAUGUCAUGGUGAUUGUAAACAGACUGUCUCAAAUUUCUUUAGUUCCCCUUCUGUUGUCAUUUAUAAACAUUAAAACAAAGUCCUUAAUCUAAUUUAUAUUUGUUCUUUUCUUUUUUCAUUGCUAAAUCUACAGACACAGUAGCAUCAUAAUGUAACUUCAAGUUUAAAGUAGAAACUUUAGUUGCACAAUUUCUAAACUAGUGGAAAUUCCUCAUUUGGCACUUAUUUUUCUCACCACUCUGGUUAGUUUUUACCAGAUCUAGUUUAGAGCAACAAAUCUCAAUUGCUAUUUUCUUCCUUAGAUGUGUUAGGUGUGAGAUUGAAAUUUGUGAGAUUCUAUUAAAGAAGAAAAUGAAGUUGGUUUCUCCAUUUCCUACUCCCGGAUCAGUGGAGGACAUGAACUGAACACUGCAAGUUAAUUAAACACCUGUUAAUAACAGUUUUCCCAUUUUUCAAGCAGUGAUUUUAUGCUUGAUAGAUCAUGAUAUUCAAUGACUGAACAUAUGUUGUCACUAUGAAGACAACACAUUGCUGCUCUUAAUGGGAUAUGAACUGUUGGCUUUCACUGAUAAUCUAAAAGUCAAUACUUAUGACUACCUUUGUUUCCCAAUGCAAAAAAUAAAAUGGUAGAAAUAUACAACACUUGUUGUUAAAAAAGAAAACAAAAAUUUUAAAAAGCAUUCAUAUAAUGUAACUUUCGUAUCAGUCUUAUUAUAAUUUCAUUUAGUUUGUUUUUUUUAUACUUUUCCUUGAUUUUCUUAGUAAAUAGUGAGCUAAAUAAAAUAUCUUAGGCUUCAGUGAAUUGAAUUCAAUAUCUGAGAUUAGCUUUCAUAAUUUAACAGUUAUUAAAAUCGGUAAUAUACUGAGGGAAAUAUGUCAUUGUUACCAGUUACACUUCUCUUGAAAAUUGGUUUAGAUCUAAGUCAAAGAAAAAUCUCAUCCCUCGACUUUUUCUUUUUUCUUCUCUAAAAACAAAUGUUCCUUUAGAAGUAUGUUCUAGAACAUAAAAUUAUUUUGCCUUAUUCUUGCCUUGGCAAUUCUGUUCCUGUUCCUUAUGAGGCGUUCUACUAAGAUUACUGAUAGAAGAUUCACAGUCCUUGAUUCACUGAAUGUUAUCUACAAAUAUUUUUGCUUUGCUUUGUUUUUUCUUUGUUUAAACAAAUUGGUACUUAUUAAAAAUGUGCAAAAUAUAAACAUUGUGUGUGUGUGUGUCUACAUACAUACAAUCAUAUAUAAAACCCUUUUUGUAAGUUUGUGUACUUGAGUACACUAAACAUGCACUGAAUAAAAGACCCAAUACCA